AUUUGCCAGCUCACGAUAAGAAGUGCAUUAAACACAACACAUAUGAUAUUUAUUCUGCCACUCCCCCUCCCCCCACUUACUCCCCUAUUCCAUUUUUUUGCUACAAUUUUUCCCGCCCACUCCCUCCUUCAGUAUUCCGUUUUACUAUAUUAAUAUAUAGAUAAGCUUGACAUAUCAGAGAAAAUUCGAGAACAAGUACCUCUAAUUUAUUACCUCUAUGUUUACUUCUUUCAUUUUCAGAUUUAAGUAGCAGUGAGUUAUACAAAAUCAUCUUUUUGCCUUUUAUUAAUGGUUUAUGUUUCACAUGCCUUGUUUUCAGAUAGAACUUGUGCAUGCUUACUUCAAAAGAGCGAUAUCAGAAAAGGACUCGCGAGAUUUACAGCUGGCAAUUGAUUUAUCCAUGGCACAAAGAGAAAAGGAUGCUGAACCGAUAAUCUUUAAAAGACUAUCAGAAAUGUUGCAUCUCAGGACCAUAAAUGAUCUUAAAAGGGAAUCACUUGUCAUACUUGAUAUGGUCAUCUCUUCAGACGGUAUUCCAGAGGAGUGCUUUGAGCUGUUUGAGGCAGUGUCAUAUAUUUGGAGGAAAAUAAAGGACUGUGUUGUGAAUGAUAAUCCUGAAGAAGAUGAUGAUGCCAAUGAGAGUGAAAAGACUUUGAUUAAGCACAGAGUCCCAAUCAUACCAGAUGAUUUUCGAUGUCCGAUAUCACUUGAGUUGAUGAAUGAUCCGGUUAUUUUAUCUACUGGUCAGACAUAUGAAAGGUCAUGCAUCCAGAAGUGGUUGGAUGCGGGGCACAAAAUCUGCCCAAUGACCCAACAAACCUUAUUGCACACGGCAUUGACUCCCAACUAUGUUUUGAAGAGUCUAAUUGCAAUGUGGUGUGAGAGCAAUGUCUUUGAGCUUCCCAAAAAUUAUCAAGGGAAGUGCUCCGAACUUCAUAUUGCAUCAACUGGGAAGUGCUCCUCAUCCUCCUACAGCACCCCAAAAAAUGACACCUUCCAAACCCAAGUCUUGGAAGGGCAACGACAGAUAUUGGCGGGUAUAAACACCCUAAAUAUCAAAUUCCAGUCAUUAGAUAGACGAUUCACUAGAUCGGAUGAGACAUUGAACCGCAUAGAGGAGGCACAAAGACAGGCUGCUGAGGAUCAGAUACGGGCGUUUUGCCCCAUGUAUGCUUACUUUGACCUACAUGCUCCUUGCCUGCUCCAGUACAACACCCAUCUUGAUAUGACCCCUCUUAUUGGAGUAAUUUUGGUAGACCGAGCAGUGGCAGAGGAGGAUAUGUCGGCGAUGGAAGAGGAGGUCAUAAUGGUGAUAACGACAAUGAGCACUAGGGACAGUGCUUCGAUCAAGCGGGGAAAGAUCACUCUCGGAACUCGUUUCACUUAGGAGCACUUGAGAUUCAAACAAACGUGGUGAAGAUCAUGCAGACCCCUUCUCUGCAAAUUGGGGAUAAAAUGUAAAAUUGAACUGUUUGUUUUAAUGAACUUAUUCCUUUUCUGUGGAUUGUGAAGUACUCCAGUGUUGAUUUUUACUAGAGUAUGAGUAAGAAACUAAGUGUGGAGGACUUUGAUAGUGUGGAUUUCUCAUUGUUUAUGUUUUUACUUUUAUGUUGCUUUUAUCGUGUGUAGG